CCUAGAUCAAGUUUAGGUGCACCAAAACGAGGUCAAGCUAGCGGCAACAACUCUCACCUAAAAGGAUCCUUUUACCAUAAGUGAGAUGACACCUGCUGCACUGAGCUGCACCAUGCAAGCUAUUUGAUCCUGCGUGCAUGCUAGCCAGCAACCGGCCCUCGACGUCGCCCGAUCGAUCGAUUGAUCGCGCACGUAAGCUGCGAUAGGUCGGAGCGAGUUUCACGUCAAAAUGACCGGGAGUACCCCGCCGCGGAAGGGCCGGAGCACGGCCGGCGCCGGCGGUGUGGACUCCGAGGACGCGUGGCAGGCGGAGGAGGCGGCCAAGAAGUCCCACGCGAGGGCGGUGUGGGGCGUCAGCUUCAGCAUCAGCCUCCGGGGCCACUUCAACUCGUUCGUGCUGCUGGUGCUCGUGCUGUUCGUCGUCCUCGCCGUCUCCGUCACCACCAAGAACGGCAACGGCGCCAAGCCGCAGGCGCCGACGGCCGUGCCUCCUGCCGACGACACCGGCGACGGCGGGCAGAGUGAUCUGAGCGACUGCGACAUGUCGUCCGGCCGGUGGGUGUACGAUGGCACGGCGUACCCGCUGUACAAGGAGAGCGCGUGCAAAUUCAUGUCCGAUCAGUCGUCAUGCGAGAAGUUCGGGAGGACGGAUCUCAAGUACCAGCACUGGAGGUGGCAGCCGCACGGGUGCGACCUUCCUAGGUUCGACGCGGCGAAGCUGUUGGGGAAGCUGCGCGACAAGCGGCUGGCGUUCGUCGGCGACUCGCUGAACCGGAACCAGUGGGUGUCCAUGGUCUGCCUCAUCGACACCGCCACACCGACGCUCCACAAGUCCAUGGGCGGCAACGGAUCGCUCGUCUCCUUCAAGAUCAAUGAGUACAACGCGUCGGUUGAUUUCUACUGGUCGCCGCUGCUGGUGGAGUCGAACUCUGACCACCCCGUGCACCACCGGAUCGCCGACCGCAUCGUGAGCGCUGGCUCCAUCGCUAAGCACGCCAGGCGCUGGGCCGACGCCGACGUGCUCGUCUUCAACUCCUACCUCUGGUGGCGCCGCCCCUCCAUGAAAGUCUUGUGGGGGUCGUUUGAGGCGCCGGCGGAGGGCGCACGCAGGGCAGUGUACGAGGUGACCGACAGCCUGCGCGCGUUCGAGCUCGCAACCAAGACGUGGUCCGAGUGGCUCGAGCUCCACGUGGACCGCGCCCGGACGCGGCUCUUCUUCAUGAGCAUGUCGCCGACGCACCUCCACUCCGACGAAUGGGAGGCCGGGAGCGGCAACCACCAGUGCUACAACGAGACGGAGCCGAUCGCGGGGGAGGGGCACCGCGGCCGGGACACGGACCCGGCGUUCGCGCGCGCCGUGGAGGCGCAGGUGGCGCGGCUGGGCGCGCGCGGCGUGGCGGUGCGGGUGCUGAACGUGACGCAGCUGUCGGAGCACCGCAAGGACGCGCACCCGUCGGUGCACCGGCGUCAGUGGGACCCGCACACGGAGGCGCAUGCGCGGGCGCGCGACCCCAGCAGCGACGCCGACUGCAUCCACUGGUGCCUCCCCGGCGUGCCCGACGUCUGGAACCAGAUCCUCUACGCGCACAUCGUGUCGUCGUGACAGUGAACUCGUACGUUACGUCAUACGUGACGACAUCACAUUAUAUUGUUAGGCAUUCACGCACGUAAUCCAUGGCGUGGUUUGUCCAUGUUCCUACUCAGGUGAACCGAAGUGGUUCUACAACUCCUUUUUCUUUUUUCCUUUUUAUUUUGGAUAUUAUACUUUGCAAAUAUCAUUUGUAAAAUGUAUAUGCAACCGUAUAUUCGAUUAUUCGUUCUGCAAGUGCACU